ACGGAGGUCUGCUGGCACGCCCAAGGAGGCCAACCUGAAAGGGCUCAUUGUGUCGGGGUGGGAGCGCUGGAUGUGCUUUCCGCGGAUGCUCCGCUGUACCCCUGCUGUCGGCAGGACUGGCCGUAUGCGGAGAACAGGACCGCCAAGCGUGCAUCAUGCAAGCCACCGAGAUUAGAGCAAACUUGGGCUUGUGCAGAAAUCGUGCAAGAUACGGAUAAGGGACGCGCUUUUACCCCCUUUCACUCACUAUAAAUUGCACGGCCGUUUCUUUUGCCGAACAUGAACGGGAAGGGUGAGAAAUCCCUUAAUUGUGCGUAUGAUGACUGACCCGUGCCUUUGGAUCUGUACCGCAAAACUGGCUCGGUCUGUAUUGGCUGCAAAGUAAACAGACAGGGAUAAAAUAAAGAAACUGGAGGCUUGGCCAUCCAAACAAUACAAGAUACAUGUAGAUCGCUGGCUAUUGUCUCCUUUCACACGCUGUGAUUUGGUCAAACCUGGAAGAUAACUGGAAACACGACGGACUGAAACAUGGGCAACGCGGGGAGUAUGGAUUCGCAGCAAAAUGAUUUCAGGGCUCAUAACAUGCCUCUAAAACUGCCGAUGCCGGAGCCAGGUGAACUGGAGGAGAGAUUCGCUAUCGUCUUGAAUUCCAUGAACCUCCCUCCAGACAAAGCCAGACUCCUGCGGCAGUAUGACAGCGAGAAGAAGUGGGAGCUCAUCUGUGACCAGGAAAGAUUUCAAGUGAAGAACCCCCCUCACACAUACAUCCAGAAGCUACGGAGUUAUCUGGACCCCGCUAUCACCAGGAAGAAAUUUCGCCGAAGAGUUCAAGAAUCAACUCAAGUCUUAAGAGAACUGGAAAUAUCAUUACGGACCAAUCACAUCGGAUGGGUUCGGGAGUUCCUGAAUGAGGAGAACAAGGGUCUCGACAUCCUGGUGGAGUAUCUCUCCUUCGCACAGUAUGCCGUCACGUUCGACAGCGACAGCAUGGAGAACACCAUGGAAAACACGGUGGACAAGUCCAGACCCUGGAGCCGGUCCAUCGAGGACCUCAAUGGGGGAAGCACUCUGCCCUCCCCGGUCAGCGGGGGCAGCAUCUCGCGGUCGGGACGGCACUCUACACUAAGGUGUAACACGCUUCCCAGUCGGAGGACACUGAAGAACUCCAGGUUGGUGUGUAAGAAGGACGAUGUUCACGUUUGCAUCAUGUGCCUGAGGGCCGUCAUGAACUACCAGUACGGCUUCAACAUGGUCAUGUCGCACCCACACGCUGUGAAUGAAAUUGCACUAAGUCUCAACAACAAAAACCCCAGAACUAAAGCUCUUGUGUUGGAGCUUCUAGCAGCUGUCUGCCUCGUCAGAGGAGGACACGAGAUCAUUCUGUCUGCCUUUGAUAACUUUAAGGAGGUCUGUGUUGAGAGGCAGAGGUUUGAGAAAUUAAUGGAGCAUUUCAAGAACGAGGACAACAACAUUGAUUUUAUGGUGGCCUGCAUGCAGUUCAUCAACAUCGUGGUCCACUCUGUAGAAGACAUGAACUUCAGGGUGCAUCUUCAGUUCGACUUCACCAAGCUGUGUUUGGACGAGUACCUGGACAAACUGAAGCACACGGAGAGCGACAAGCUGCAGGUGCAAAUCCAGGCGUACCUGGACAACGUCUUUGAUGUGGGUGCCCUCCUGGAGGACGCAGAGACCAAGAACGCUGCCCUGGAGCGUGUGGAGGAGCUGGAGGAGAACAUCUCUCAUAUGACGGAGAAGCUGCAAGACAUGGAGAAUGAGGCGAUGGCCAAGAUCGUGGAGCUGGAGAAGCAGUUGAUGCUGAAGAACCGGGAGCUGGAUUCAGUGCGGGAAGUGUACAAAGACGCCAACAGCCAGGUGCACACGCUGCGCCAGAUGGUGAAGGAGAAGGACGAGGCCAUCCAGAGGCAGUGUAACCUGGAGAAGAAGAUCCACGAGCUGGAGAAACAGGGCACCAUCAAGAUCCAGAAGAAGGGUGACGGCGACAUCUCCAUCACGCCCUCGCUGGCUCAGGCGCUGCCUGGCGGGGAGGCCACCCAGGGAGGGUUCCCAGCCGGUCCCCUGCCCCCCUGCGAUGAGGCGGCCUUGGGAAUGGGGGGGCUUUCACCUUCGCCUCCGCCAGUGCCCCUCAUGACAGGGAUCGUGCCAAAUGGCCCCUCAGUGGCCCCUGCUCCGCCCCCUCCUCCUCCCCCUCCUCCACCCCCGCCACCUCCCCCUCCUCCACCCCCACCUCCCCCUGGCAACACUGCAGAGCCGUUACCGCCACCUCCUCCACCUGUGGCUCCGCCUCUUCCAGGUUGCGGUUCACCAACAGUUAUCUUCAACUCCGGCCUGGCAGCUGUGAAGAUUAAGAAGCCCAUAAAGACCAAGUUUCGCAUGCCGGUGUUUAACUGGGUGGCACUGAAGCCGAACCAGAUCAACGGCACGGUCUUCAACGAGAUUGACGACGAGAGGAUCCUUGAGGACCUGAACGUGGACGAGUUCGAGGAAAUGUUCAAGACGAGAGCCCAGGGUCCCGCCAUCGACAUAACAACAAGCAAGCAGGUGGCUCCGAAGGGCCCGAACAAGGUGACGCUGCUGGACGCCAACCGGGCCAAGAAUCUGGCCAUCACACUGAGGAAGGCGGGCAAGACGCCGGAGGAGAUCUGCAAGGCCAUUCAGAUGUUUGACCUGCGCACGCUGCCCGUGGACUUUGUGGAGUGCCUGAUGCGCUUUAUGCCCACGGAGAAGGAGGUGAAGGUUCUGCGGCAGUACGAGCGCGAGCGCAAGCCGCUGGAGAGCCUGGCGGAGGAGGACCGCUUCAUGAUGCUCUUCAGCAAGAUCGAGCGGCUCAUGCAGAAGAUGACCAUCAUGGCCUUCAUGGGCAACUUUGGCGAGAGCGUGCAGAUGCUCACGCCGCAACUUCAUGCCAUUAUCGCUGCAUCGGUAUCGAUAAAAUCAUCCCAGAAGCUGAAGAAAAUUCUCGAGAUUAUUUUGGCCCUCGGGAACUACAUGAACAGUGGAAAGAGGGGGGCGGUGUACGGCUUCAAGCUGCAGAGUCUUGACUUGCUGCUGGAUACCAAGUCGACAGACCGGAAACAGACACUGUUGCACUACAUUGCCAACGUAGUGAGGGAGAAGUACAAAUCUGUGUCCCUCUUCUACAACGAGAUCCACUACGUGGAGAAGGCCGCUGCCGUGUCUCUGGAGAACGUGCUGUUGGACGUGAAGGAGCUGCAGAGGGGUAUGGAGCUGACCCGGAGGGAGUAUGGCAUGCACGGCCAUAACACGCUGCUGAAGGACUUCAUCGCACACAACGAGGGCAAACUGAAAAAGCUGCAGGACGACGCCAAGAUCUCGCAGGAUGCUUUUGAUGACGUAGUGAAGUUCUUUGGGGAGAAUUCCAAAACGACGCCCCCAUCUGUGUUUUUCCCCGUGUUUGUACGCUUCGUCAAAGCCUACAAGCAAGCAGAGGAAGACAAUGAACAGAGAAAGAGGCAAGAGCAGAUGAUGAUGGAGAAGCUGAUGGAACAGGAGGCCAUGAUGGAGCAGGAGGACCAGAAGUCUCCUUCCCAUAAAAACAAGAGGCAGCAGCAAGAGUUAAUUGCAGAGCUGAGGAAGAAGCAGGUGAAAGACAGUCGGCACGUGUAUGAGGGGAAGGAUGGGGCCAUCGAGGACAUAAUCACAGUGCUGAAGACGGUGCCCUUUACGGCCCGAACCGCCAAGCGGGGCUCUCGAUUCUUCUGCGAGCCCCCGCAAACUGAGGAGUCCCAUUACUAAACCCUAAACACUCUCUCAUCAAGAUCUUCGAAAUCAGCCAUACAGGCGAGCCGACGCGGUGAGGAGAAGCGUCCGGAGACGCUUCGAUGAUCAGAACCUGCGGCCGGCGAACAGCGCUGAAGUGGCCAUGUGAUGAAGGAUGAGCGCAUGUGAUGAGAGGAUUAUGGGAUGUUAGGGGAGGGGGGAGGAGGGGGUGCUGAGCUCUCGCUACAAAAGGACAGCUUUUGGACUGGAGAAGGUGUAAAGAGAGCAUUUGUGGUGGAGAAAUUUCCUUGGAAACCUGAGACGAGUCAAGUGCCUAAACUAAAUUCUAAUUAGUUUACUUCGAAGCAAUAUGACCCAACCUUGCUUUAACAAAGGUCCCAAAUCGCUUCUGUUCUCCCUCAUUUCUAAAUCAGAAAUGUAGGUAACGAGGAGGGGAGGGGGGUCGUCUGUUGAAAGCGAGGAACGCGGUUCCUCAGAGGAUUUUACCGAAGGCGUCAGUUACUAUGAAGUUGCGUAGUAUCUCGAACACAUUCCAGCCUUUAGCUUUGGAGGUUUCUAACAUGCCGUACCGGUGCUUUUUAAAGAUUUUUACAACGUUUUCCACUAAUGACUUUUUAAAGGGGAUGUUUUAAUUUUUUUUUCCUUGGGGAGGCAUAUAGCGCCAGCUAAAUCACAACAGUUAAUGAAGAAGUGGCCAUUUGUGACCACAUGGUUUCAUAAGGUUAAGAUGGCAGUACUGAGGCGGGAGGACACUGCUGAAAUAUGUAGGACUGCCGAGGAAAAGGAUUAACAUGAUUUGUAAAUAUGCCUCUAAGGUAUUAAUAAUCUCAUUCGUCAGUGUUACCGUGGUUAGAGGACCAAAUCUUGGUGACCCUUUCAUUGCUAGAUCAUCCUGCUGGACUGUGACUUGAAUGUCAUCAAUGCAACGGACUGAGGUAGCACAAUGGAAUGGGGGUAUCGUUAGGGAAGGGGGGGGGGGGGGGGACUCACAGACCCCUUGGCAGUUACUGUUUGUGUUUCUUCCAAAGUGUAAAGGCUUUAAAGGGGGUUCCAUUGAAAGCUCCUUGAAUAGGUUGUCUGAAUGGAAAAACUGGAAUCCAAUUUCAUUUUCUGUUCCUUCUCUCACAACUGCUUCUGGCUAAUGAAUCUAGACAUUGGUGUCGACUCCUGUCCUUAUUGUAAGUUUACUGUAUAGUAUUUAAUCACAGAGGCCGAUUUCGUUUCGUCUUGCUCAUGUGAUCCACUUGACGUGAGUACCAGUUUUUUUUUUUUUUUUAAAUUGUGUAGUUACCAAAACCUAAAAAGGAAAAAAAAAAAGCUUUUCUAAAUGUACAGAUAUUUUGCUACAAAUCCGAAGUUUUGUUUUAUUUUUUACAUAAUCCACCAUUAGCGUAAGGAUAAUAUUGUACAUAUUGUUUAAAGAAAAGUUUCUGCACCCUGAACUUUACAAUUUGAUUUUUUUUUUAACUUAUAACCCCUCCCCCAUUUGCAUAUUUAAUUACCUUAUAAAUCCAAACCCAGCUUUAAUAAUGAGGGUGGAGGUGUGUUGAAGUCUGUUCCAGGGGGCCGUUUCUGUGCUGCUUGUACUGCCCAUGUAAACAUUCAGCACCACAAGUCCUGAAUUUAAACCAGUGUUUUAUCGUACAAUGCAGGUGUGAUUAUUUUUUCUUUCUACAGUAGUUUCCAAACUUCUCUGUUUCAUUACUUACCUACUCAGUUGCUGAGUACUGGUGGUAAAAUAUGAAUGUGUAAUGGCCUAGAGGGGUUUGAGAACCACCCUAAGCCGACUGGAAUCGAGUUUAAUACCCCUGUACUAGACCACUGAUAUUGACUGACUGGUCUGUUGACCUGGAACUAUCCAUUCAUAUGUCAUGCUCGUUCCUUUUCUUUUAACCAAUACAUUUUCUCAAGACUGGACAGUUACUGGCAUGGUUUUCCCAAAAAAAGUAUUUUAGACAAUACAUGCUUAUUUGCAAUGUGCUUUUUAAUAAUGUAACUCUUGAGUUACCUCUUUCCCAAUGGCUAUGAUCAAAUAAACUAUUUACACUACUA